UCUUGCUCAGUGCAGGCUGCCGUGCCUGGGCCAGAGCAGUCUUCCCUGGAAGAGGAGUCUGAAGCAAACAUGGAUCAAGAAACUGUGGGCAAUGUUGUCCUGCUGGCCAUCAUCACCCUCAUCAGCGUGGUCCAGAACGGAUUCUUCGCUCACAAGGUGGAACACGAAAGCAAGACUCACAAUGGGCGGAGCUUCCAGAGGAUGGGAACACUUGCCAGGGAGCGGGUCUACACUGCCAACCAGAACUGUGUAGACGCAUACCCGACUUUCCUUGUCGUGCUCUGGAUUGCGGGGCUACUUUGCAGCCAAGUUCCUGCCGCCUUUGCUGGACUGAUGUACUUGUGUGUGAGACAAAAGUACUUCGUCGGCUAUCUAGGAGAGAGAACUCAGAGCACCCCUGGCUACAUAUUUGGGAAGCGUAUCAUCCUGUUCCUGUUCCUCAUGUCCCUUGCUGGUAUAUCUAAUUAUUUCCUCGUCCUCUUUUUCGGAAGUGACUUUGAAAACUACAUAAAGGCGGUGACCACCACCAUCUCCCCUCUGCUUCUCAUCCCCUAGCUGUCUGCUGAGCACAGGGCCGGUGCUCUCACCCAAUCAAUACCUGCAAGUCACCAUAACUCAACCCUUUAAAGUACUCUGCUCCUCUUUAGGUAGCUGUAAAUCUAAUGGCCAUCUGGGCCUCACAGCUUGAGCUAACCUUGCUUUUCCAGGAAGAAAAUAAUUUCGUGUCAGCACCGCCCCUGGAACAUGGCAUUAUGUUACUCAGGUCCAUUCCGUAUUUCUUGACUUAUACCGCUCUCUGAAGAUGUUUUGUGAUCAGAGUUAUGUUUUCCUGAAAUAAACUGCAGAGACAUA